AUGAUGUCAAUCUACCCACCAAACGACCCGGAUGACGAAACCACCCUCCAUCGAAACUCACAUGACUUCUCAUUUGAAGGGUUUCAGAUGGUUCAGUUAAUGAGUUCCUUAGGCAAAAAAGCAGCAGUGAAGCUGGAAGCUGAGGAUUCUUUAGAGGAUCAACUCAGUCCACUUCAUAAACGUUCAAAACUUGAUCCUUCUUUACGGGCGAUGAACCUAGAUGCCGUAGUGUAUAAUCCACUUGAAGAGCCAAGUCCCAUUGGUUUGACACUGAAAAAGAGCCCAUCUUUUUUGGAUUUGAUUCAAAUGAAGUUAUCUCAAAAAAACACAAGUAAUACUAUGCUGUCAAAGAAACCAAGUGCUGCUGCUGUUGCUGCCGAUAAGCUUAAAGCUUCAAACUUUCCUGCUUCACUUCUAAAAAUAGGGAGUUGGGAGUAUAAGUCAAGAUAUGAAGGGGAUUUGGUGGCAAAGUGUUAUUUUGCUAAGCAUAAACUUGUUUGGGAAGUUCUUGAUGGUGGUCUUAAGAAUAAGAUUGAAAUUCAGUGGUCAGAUAUUGUGGCUCUCAAGGCAAAUUUUCCUGAUGAUGGACCUGAAACCUUGGAUGUAGUGCUGGCUAGACAACCCCUUUUCUUUAGAGAGACAAAUCCACAACCUAGGAAGCAUACUUUGUGGCAGGCAACAUCAGAUUUUACUGGUGGACAAGCAAGCAUACACAGGCAACAUUUUCUACAGUGCCAGCAAGGCUUCAUGGGCAAGCAUUUUGAAAAACUUAUUCAAUGUGAUCCCCGUCUCAACUUUCUCAGUCGGCAGCAAGAAAUUAUAUUAGAAUCACCAUAUUUUGAGCAACGAGUUUCUGCAUUUGGUGACUUGCAUGAACCUGGAAAAGUGAUUGAUUCAGAAGUUGAGGAAAGAAGUGCUGUUUUUUCUCUGCAGGAAGCAGGACCACCAUCUGGAGUUCUUUCAUCUUCCUUCAAUAGCGAAUGCCCAGGCUUCAUGUGUCAGUCUCCUGAAAAUAUUUCCCAGGAAACUUCUUCAGCGAGCUUAGUAAUGGAGACCCAUGCGUAUGAAGAAAUCAAGAGCAACAGAACAGAGGAACAGAAGUUGCCGAGCAACUGGGACCAAAUUAAAGUACCUGGACUUCACCCAUCCAUGUCAAUGAGCGAUCUAGUGAACCACAUUGGACAUUGCAUUUCAGAACAGAUGACCUCUGGCAAUUCUAUCCGCACUGGUGGUGACAUAAAGAGCAGUGACAUUCUGGAUGAAAUUACUCAAUACUUGCUUGGAGAGACUCAAGUUACAUCAGCCUCGGAUGAGCAAUCCCUCAUGUCAAGGGUCAAUUCUCUCUGCUCUCUGCUCCAAAAGGAUCCUGCAACAGCUCAAGACUUGCAGCCUAAGAAUCUCGACAAUCUUGACGUGGAUCAUGAUGGGAGAAUAGAUAAAACUAGUUCAGUCACUGUGCCGGCUUGUCAAAGCAAAUUUAUAGAGGGUUUCCCUGUACUUGAAGGAGAGGCCAGCAAUGUUUCCAUCUGCAAGCAGCCACCAGCCAUGUCAAGGAAGGACUCAGUUGGGGAGCUACUUCUAAACCUUCCAAGGAUUGCCUCUUUGCCACAGUUUUUAUUCAAUCUAUAG